UGCUCCAAACAUAACGCGCUGUGGAAAACAUGCGGCUCGGGGGACCCCCCCCCCGCAGCCCCCGCUCGCGGCCGGGCCCCGAGAGGCCGCGGAGCAAUCCAGGCCACGUGCAGUUUUGCGAGAGCUCUGAGAACUGGCCCAGGCGUCGGAGGCCCCCUUCUGCUGGACUCGUCGCGCCUACGGUGGUUUGGGGAUCCCUUCGGUCGAGACGCCAUAACUUUCUGAGGCGCGCCUGGCCGGCAGCCCUUCCCCCCUUCGGGGGCCGCCUCUGGUUUUGCUGGCGGCCGCCCUUCCCCAAAGCCCGCGGCCCCGCCUCCCGCCCGCGGGCCGCCUCUCCCGCCGGGGAAAGCCGCGCCUCCGCAGGGGCCGAGCCGGGCACUGAGCCCGGAGCGGCCGGAGGGGAGGAGGCGGAGGGCGGGCCUGUGCGGCGGAGGGCAGAAGUGGGGAAGGAGGUGCUUCCGGGACAGGGGGCAGACAAGAUGGCGGCGCCCAUGGAGCUGUUCUGCUGGUCGGGGGGCUGGGGGCUGCCGUCAGUGGAUCUGGACAGCCUGGCCGUGUUGACCUAUGCCAGAUUUACUGGUGCCCCAUUCAAGGUGCACAAGAUCACCAACCCCUGGCGGAGCCCUUCAGGGACUCUGCCUGCCCUUCAGACCAGCCAUGGAGAGGUCAUCUCGGGGUCACACAAGAUCAUCGCCCACCUUCGAAAAGAGAAGUACAAUGCCGAUUAUGAUCUGUCAGCCCGGCAAGCGGCAGACAUCCUAGCCUUCAUGUCUCUUGUGGAGGAGAAGCUGCUCCCAGUGUUGAUACAUACUUUUUGGGUAGAUGCCAAGAACUAUGUGGAAGUGACCCGGAAGUGGUAUGCAGAGGCUAUGCCCUUUCCUCUCAACUUCUUCCUGCCUGGCCGCAUGCAGCGACAGUACAUGGAGCGGCUGCAGCUGCUGUGUGGGGAGCACAGGCAUGAGAACGAGGAAGAGCUGGAGAAGGAGCUGUAUCUCGAGGCUCGGGAGUGCCUGACCCUUCUCUCUCAGCGCCUGGGCUCUCAGAAAUUCUUCUUUGGAGAUGCCCCCGCCUCCCUGGACGCCUUCGUCUUUAGCUACCUGGCCUUGCUACUACAGGCCAAGCUGCCCAGCGGGAAGCUGCAGGCCCACCUGCGGGGACUACACAACCUCUGUGCCUAUUGCAGCCACAUUCUCAGCCUCUACUUCCCCUGGGAUGGAGCUGAGGUGCCACCCCCACGCCAGACACCAGCAAGCCCAGAGACUGAAGAGGAGCCAUACCGGCGCAGGAACCAGGUCCUCUCCGUGCUGGCAGGGCUGACAGCCAUGGUGGGCUACGCCUUGCUCAGUGGCAUUGUCUCCAUCCAGCGAGCCACACCUGCCCGGGCCCCAAACACCUCAGCCCUAGGCAUGGCUGAGGAGGAUGAAGAUGAAUGAGUUUUCCCCAUGCUCCCAGGACUGAUUUUUUCUACUGUCAUGCAUUCCAGAGGCCCCUUGGCCUCCCUGUCGUCGGCACAGCUGGAAAUGGGGUGCCACUCCCCAGAAUAAACUUGCUCACAUUG